AUAAAGCUCCUCCAUUGCGCCGCCGCCACUCUCCUUUCGGAGGAGGCGGACCAGGUAAGCAGCAGCAGGAACCCUAGCACCGCCGCAUCCGCAGCCAUGGGUAUCGACCUCGUUGCCGGUGGGAGGAACAAGAAGACCAAGCGCACAGCGCCGAAGUCCGACGAUGUUUAUCUCAAGCUCCUUGUCAAGCUCUACCGUUUCUUGGUCAGGAGGACCAAGAGCAACUUCAAUGCUGUCAUUCUCAAGAGGCUCUUCAUGAGCAAAACCAAUCGCCCACCAAUCUCCAUGCGCCGCCUUGUCAAGUUCAUGGAAGGAAAGGAGAAGAACAUUGCUGUGAUUGUUGGCACAGUCACAGAUGACAAGAGGAUCCAAGAGGUUCCAGCAAUGAAGGUUACUGCCCUGAGGUUCACCGAGACGGCAAGGGCCAGGAUUGUCAAUGCUGGUGGGGAGUGCCUCACAUUUGACCAGCUUGCUCUCCGUGCUCCACUUGGCGAGAACACAGUCCUCUUGAGGGGCCCCAAGAAUGCCCGUGAGGCGGUGAGGCACUUCGGCAAGGCUCCUGGAGUGCCGCACAGCCACACCAAGCCAUAUGUGCGCUCCAAGGGAAGGAAGUUCGAGAAGGCUCGUGGCAGGAGGAACAGCCGUGGGUUCAAGGUUUAAGAAAGUUGUGGGCCAUCAGCAUAGUAAUCACUUCCUACCGAGUAGUAGCACAUUUUGUUGCCUUGGCUUGGAUUUUGAAAGAUAUUUAAGGAUUUUCGUGCCUUGUCUACUGGUUACUGGUUGAGCAAGAAGACAAUGUUCUUUUGCACCUCUUUUUAUUGGUCGGCAUAUUUUGCGCUGUGAUUGGAACUGUGUUGUGUUAUCUGCUGGAUGUACUUACUGCAUCACCUAGAAAGGUGGCUUGGGCCAUUUGGAAUCAUAAAACGAAAGUUGCUCGCUUCAAGCUA